CAUCAUUCAACAAUAAUUAUCGCCACGAUGACUGUUACGAUUACAAUGUUAACAAUUAUCGUCAUUUUUUGUUCUAACGCUGGACUUUCUCGGGAAACAAAUAUAUACGAUCCUCGUUUUUGCACAUUAAGAAGCGAAACCCAAAACCAAAACCUAAAUAACCAAACUUCUGUAGAAAUAAUGGACGCUGUCGAGCACAGAUUUGUUCACGUCAAUGGCAUCAACAUACAUGUGGCAGAGGCAGGUCCAGUUAACGGCCCGGUAAUUCUCUUCAUCCAUGGAUUCCCUGAGCUAUGGUAUUCCUGGCGGUACCAGAUCGUCGCUCUGGCUUCUCUUGGUUACCGAGCAAUUGCACCGGACAUGAGAGGUUAUGGCGACACCGAUGCGCCGGCUGAUCCGCAGAGCUACACUUGCCUCCACAUCGUGGGGGAUCUAAUCGGGCUCCUCGACGCCGUGGCACCACAGCAGGAGAAGGUUUUUGUUGUCGGCCAUGACUGGGGUGCAUACAUAGCGUGGUACUUGUGUCUGUUUAGACCAGACAGAGUGAAAGCUUUGGUAAACCUGAGUGUGGCGUUUGCUCCUCGAAACCCUAAGAGGAAACCUACUGAGGGGAUGAGAGCUGUGUAUGGAGAUGACUACUACGUUUGCAGAAUUCAGGAGCCUGGAGAUAUAGAAGCUGAAUUUGCAGAGCUUGGUACAGAAAAGAUUAUGAAGGAAUUUUUGACAUAUCGUAAUCCAGGUCCCCUUUUAUUGCCUAAAGGCAAAGCUUUUAGCCGCCCAUCGGAAACUCCACUUGUGUUACCCUCUUGGUUUUCUGAGGAAGAUGUGCAGUACUACAUCAACAAAUUUGAAAAGAAAGGCUUCACCGGAGGAUUGAACUAUUACCGGAUUGUAGACCGAAACUGGGAACUCACAGCACCAUGGACUGGGGCUGAAGUGAAAGUACCUGUUAAGUUUAUAGUGGGCGAUCAAGACCUCACCUAUAACACUUUCGGAACCAAGGACUUUAUAGAGAAGGGUGGAUUCAAGAAAGCUGUUCCAUUUUUGGAGGAAGUGGUUAUAAUGGAAGGUGUUGGUCACUUUCUCAAUGAAGAGAAGCCUGAAGAGAUAAAUAAACACAUCUAUGAUUUCUUUCAGAAAUUCUGAUUUGCUAUUUCCUGUUGUCUUUCUGUGUGAGAGCUUGCAUGUUAAUGUAUUGGCAAAAAUGUUAUUCCAAGUUUCCAACCCAUUGGGGCCUCAUAAUGAAUAAAAAACAAGAGAAAAAACAAAAACAAAAAGAAACUCUUUUUCAUAUCAGAAA